AUGGCAAAGCCCUGGCUGCUGCUUCUCCUGACCCUGGGAACCCCAGCUCUUCCCACAGGUAUGUGUACUGCUCCCUUCCCCUCCAUGGCUCCCCCGCUCACCCAGGUGGUAGAUGGGCAACAGAAGACGCUGGUGAUCUGCUUGGUUCUUGACAUCUCUCCUUCGUUUGCGGAUGGUUCCAUCUGGUUCUCAUCUGGCAAUGGCACCACCUUGGAUGCCUUCACUUAUGGUCCCUCACCAGCUGGGGAUGGUACCUGGAGCAGCCUGGCCCAGCUUUCCCUCCCUGCUGAGGAGCUGGCUUCCUGGGAGCCUCUGGUCUGCCACACAGGGCCAGGCUGGCAGCCCCAGGGCCCAAGCACUCGUCCUCUUCAGCUAUCUGGUGAGCCCAAGGCGGAAAAGUGCCAACAGGAGUUAACUACUGGACCACAUGGUGUCUCUCAGACACUGAUGCUAGGGGCCAUUCGGCUGAUCCUCUUCAAGCUGCUUAUAUUUGAUGUGCUAAUGACCUGCAGCCACCUUUGGGCUCUGAGGAUCACAACCACACACAGUAAUGAUCUUGAGGUUCAUCCUAAGGGAUCAAGGAUUUAAUUCUUAGGAUUAAGGACCAACACGUAAAAAUGGCUUUCUUCCUGCCUCCACUGUAUGAAGAUGUUAGUAGAUCUUGAUUGAACAAGAAAAGAAUUUUGAGUCCUGUAGAGAGAGGCUGAAAGAUGGGGAUUCUGAGCAUAUGACUGCCCUAUCUUUACCUUAUGGGAAUACAAUGAUAAUAUUUUCCGCAAUUCUUGGAAUAACCUUCAUUUCCAGCCACCAGACUACUCACUCCUUCUUGUAAAGUUCUAUUCAGGAUCAACAUCCUCCAUGAAACCUUCUUGAGUGAAAUUAUAGGAGGUAUUAAAUGUUUCCCAACCUAAUGAGCUCCUAUAUUUAGUUGUGUAAAUGUAUUCACUUUGACUACUUCUAGGCAGUCAAACCUGUAAUUUCUCUUACUUGAGAAGAAGCAAUGUAUGCCCCAUCAGACUUCAAGGUUUCUGAGGUCAGGACCUAAGUCUUUUGCACUCCACUAGGAACACUCUCAAACAUCAACUCUUAAGGAGUCCCCAGACACAUAUAGAUGCAUAUAAAGUAUACAAAAUGGAAUCAGGAGGUUAACCUCAUACACAAUGGAAUAUUGCAUCCCUUGGGAGCUGUCAAGGAGUGAGAAUGGAACUCAAAAAAAUUCGGCAAGCCUUGACUCAGUGACAAUGUUUUAAGAUACUACCCCUGGCACUGGAGCAGGCAAGCAGAGCAGCCCAGGGAUGGAGAAGAGGAGGCUUUGACAUGGUACAAAGAGGAUGUGACCAGAGUUGAGCAGGAGUUGCUCAAAAUACAGGCAGAGUGCCCUACCCAUUGUGCUGCUAGACAGAACUGGUGAUUUCUACUCUCCCUUUCCAUUCUCCCAUUCUCUCAAGGGAGAGAUGAACUUGCUUCUUAAUUUGUUCUUCAGGAUUUUGUAUUGCUUUCCAUUUUGCCAUUUGUUUUGAAAAGAAAAUCAUUUCUCUGAGA